CUAUAUCAUUUAGAAUUAUUGUUUAAGCAAAAACCAAAUCAAAGCAAGGGCCAAGAUACUUUUUUUAUUGUCUGCUAAAAAUGAGCUAAAAUGGGGUAAUUGACACGUCUAAGAAAAACAAAAGAAUCCUGAAGAAGAAGAAUUAGAAGAGCCUUUUCCUGUCCCUUUCAAGUCAUGUGUUUGAGCAAGCUUCAGUAAUCAUGACUAACCUUCACAUCUUCACAUGAUAUAAGAAUAUGAAAAUCCUCUUCCCGGAAACAACACCCAAAAAGAAUAAAAUAAAUAAAAAUUUGUGCUCACCCCUUUGCCCCACACAAAGUAGACAUGGUUGCGUCUUUUACCUUAUGGAUAUAGCUUUCAACCAACAAAGUGAAACAACCCAACAGCAGCAGCAGCAACAACAACAAGAUAUACACUACCAGCAGCAUUACCACCUCAAGCUUUGUGUGCCAUUUGACAAGCUUAGAACUUUCAACAACCCAUUAUCUCUAUUGGGUUUUUGGGUCUCAAAAUCUGUGCGCAACUUAUAUAACAAAGCUCCUUUCUCACAUGGGUUUUGCUGCAAAAGGCUACAUUUUACUGGUAUGGUAAUAAACAACUCUGUUUUUGAGUUUCCUGAAAAAGAAAACGCUGCAAUGGAGGGUUUUAUUGAAAAGAAUAGUGAUGUUAUUGAAGGGAUAGAUGAAAGGUCUGGUGAAAGUGUUGAUGAAGUUCAGACCUUUGGGCAUUUGAUUGAAGUGAAAGGUAGAGAGAGUAGUUCAAGUUCUGAUUUUUUGACAUCCGAGACUACUGGGCAUGAAGAGCAGAGUCAUAGUAGCUCUGAGGAGGAGGAGUUAUCUUCUCUUCCUUCACUGGGUUGGCCUUUAAACAAAGAUGAAGAAGAAGUACAUGAUUGCGCAAGUACUAACGGUGUCUGUGAUGAUGGAAAGAAGCUACAUUUGGUCGAUAGGAAAUUAGAAAAGCAAGCCUCUUCAAUCUCAGAGAUUGAGAUGAUGAAGGAAAGGUUUUCAAAAUUGCUGCUUGGUGAAGAUAUGUCAGGUUGUGGAAAUGGGGUUUGCACAGCAUUAGCUAUUUCAAAUGCUAUUACUAAUCUAUGCGCUACCUUGUUUGGCCAACUAUGGAGGUUAGAGCCUUUACCUCCAGAGAAGAAAGCAAUGUGGCGAAGAGAGAUGGAAUGGUUUCUUUGUGUGAGUGACCACAUAGUGGAGUUAAUACCCUCUUGGCAGACAUUUCCAGAUGGAAGCAAGCUUGAGGUUAUGACUUGCAGACCGCGUUCAGAUCUUUACGUAAAUCUCCCAGCUCUGCGCAAAUUAGAUAAUAUGCUUCUUGAGAUAUUGGAUAGCUUUGACAAUACAGAGUUCUGGUAUGUUGACCAAGGGAUCUUAGCCUCAGAGGCUGAUGGGUCAUCAUCUUUCCGUAGGGCCCUUCAACGCCAAGAGGAAAAGUGGUGGCUACCUGUGCCUCGAGUUCCUCCUUGUGGCCUCCAUGAAAAUUCAAGAAAGGAAUUGCAGCAUAAACGUGAUUGCACAAAUCAGAUGCUAAAAGCUGCAAUGGCAAUCAACAGCAUUACUUUAGCUGAUAUGGAAGUCCCUGAAACAUACUUGGAAGGUCUUCCGAAGAAUGGAAAAGCCAGCUUAGGAGACCUCAUUUACCGAUACAUUUCAUCGGAUCAGUUUUUGCCAGAAUGUCUGCUUGAUUGCCUUGAUUUGUCCUCUGAACAUCAAGCUAUAGAACUUGCCAACAGAGUGGAGGCUGCAACCUAUGUGUGGCGCAAAAGAACCAACUCUAAACCUGCCAAUAACACAACCAGGUCUGGUUCAAGGUCGUCGUGGGAAUUGGUCAAGGAGCUGAUGACAGAUGCAGAUAAGAGGGAUCUGCUUGCAGAUCGAGCAGAGAGCCUUCUUCUUUGCUUGAAGCAGCGAUUCCCAGGUCUUCCACAGACAACCUUAGAUAUGAGCAAAAUUCAGUACAACAAGGAUGUUGGGAAGUCUAUUCUAGAGAGCUACUCAAGAGUUUUAGAGAGUUUGGCAUUCAAUAUCGUUGCACGGAUUGAUGAUCUGCUCUAUGUUGAUGAUUUGACCAAACAUUCAGAUCAAUUCUCAUCAAUCUCGAAAGUUAGUGUGAUUGCUCAUAAAAGUGUAACGAUUCCAUAUUCAGUGCCCGUCACAAGCACUCCAUAUAAAACAGCUUACACCACACCAAGCUUUUCUCCUGGGCAUCUAAUUAGCCCUGUAAAAGGAGACAGAUCUCCCAUCUCGACAAGCAACAAAAUGUCUCAGCAGCGUGGUUUAGGUGUAAAAAAGGUCUUGACAGAUUACCUCAGUAUCGAUGCCAAAGGCAAGGAUUGUCAUAAUCUAGGCAAAGAAACAGAUAACAAAAUCCAAAAAGAAUCAGUUGAAUCUUUUGAGUGCGCAAAACAAGCAGUAAUCUCUAUUGGGUCACCAGUGGGUGAUCUAGUUGUGGAGGAAUGAGCUUGGAGAACGAAUUUUCGUAAAUGUGAUUACAUAGGCUGGGUGACUUGCCACUUCUUGUGUUGUCAUCCCUCAUAGAACUAGGAACAUGUUUUUUUUAGAUCUUUGUUAGAAUGAGAUAUCUGUAAUGAUGAUGUGCGUCUGAGUAUUUCAUGUUCAUGUGAAACGCUAGGCCUUACUUGCA